ACCUUUAAUAAUUAAUAGAGUAAAUAGAAGAUAGAACACGAGUUGGUUACCGUGAAACAAUGACUUACUCUACCCUAUAGAAAAACCAUAAUUCUUUAAGAAAUAAAUAUAAGGGUUAAGUGGCUAUAAUGUUAUUAAUACGGCUGAACCGUUUAAAGAAAUGUUUAAAAUUCGUGAGUGUGGUUAAAAGCUUUGAUAAUAGUCGGCAACUCAGUCAAAUGGUUGAGAAACAAUUGCCCUACAAUUACAGGCGUUACUACUCUACUGAGAAAUUUGCAUCUGUCAAUCCAGAAAUCUUUGGCGAUAUCGGAGGGAAUAAAUUUGAGGAAUCUCCACUUGAUUACGAUGAAGAAAAACAACAAGAUUUUGAAAAAAAUGAGGCAGCUGUUGCCCCCAGGCUGAAACUCUCAAAGGGACAAUAUGCAGAUCUCAUCAAAGAACAUAUUACCAAAGGAGAUCUAACAUCGGCAAUGGAAGUACUCGAUCUAGUAAAAGAAAAUCGAGAUCAACCGACUAGAUAUAUGUAUACUCUAUUGUUGCGGGCGUUCGCAGUUCAAGGAAAUUUGAAACGCAGUUGGAAGAUCUUGACUGCUAUGAAAAAAAGAGCACUCAAGCCCAAUUCAGCGGCUUAUGUCAGUAUCAUCAAUGCUUGUGCCAAUUCGUCAGAACGAACAAUUGCUCUGGAUUAUUUGGAAAGAAUCAGAGAAGAAAUUCUACUGAAGAACGUGGUGCUAAACGAGGUCCAUUACAAUGCUCUGGUGAAAGCCUAUGGGAGACACAACUGUCUGCUGGAGGCCUUUAAGAUUGUUGAUGAGAUGAUUGAUAAGAGGUUAACAAUUGGCCCCACCACUUUCAAUUCUUUACUAUACGCUUGCAUUUCUGACAAAGAAAAUGGCUUGCGUCAUGCUUUAGCCGUUUGGCACAUGAUGCAGAGGUGGAAGAAGAAACCAGAUUUGUUAACAUAUAAUCUUUUAUUGAGAGCCAUCAGAGAUACUAAAAUGGGAGAGUUGAAAACUAAUGAUAUUUUGUUAAAUAAUUAUGAGGGCUCGAGAAUUUUAAUCAGCGACUCACUCAAUCCCGAUUUGUUGUCACAUCCUCCAGUCGUCUCCAAAAUUAAAUUAUCCUUUAAACAUACUGAGCAACCUGAAAUGAGCUCGAGGGCUGCAUCUGAUGCUGUUGUCGCCAUGGAAAACCAUGAAGCUCUUGAGAAUUUCAAUUUGGAAAAGAUUCAUGAAAAAAAUAAGCUCAUUUUAUUCGGAGGGUUCACUGGAUUCAUGCAGAGACUUCAAGCCGAUGACAUUAAACCUGAUGUCAAAACCAUGACCUUAUUAUUGGACGUUGUGCCGAAUUCAUUAGCUAUCGAGAAUGAGCUCAUCAAAACAGCUAGAGCAAACAAGAUUCCCUUGGAUAUUGAUUUUUUCAACAUGCUCAUCAAGAAAAGGAGUUUUAGAAAGGAUUAUAAGCAGGCCAAGCAAGUACUCGAUGAUAUCCAAAGAGAGAAUCUCGUACCUGAUAUGAUCACCUGGGGAGUGUUAGCCCUUGGUUGUCACACACUGGAAGAAGCUACAGUUUUUCUUAAUGGACUCGAAGCCACUGGUCACAGUUUGAAUCCCGUGAUCGCUGGAUCUCUUCUAGGAAACGCCUGUUGUGCCAAUAAAAUCAACUACAUCCUUGAGAUCCUCCGACUCAUGACCAUACAACGCAUUUUUCCCACUAACCACAUUUACACUAUUCUUGACAAGUACAAGUUUAAAGUUGAAGACGCUCUCAAACGCAACCGAUCCUCCAAACUUUACCGAAAUGACCAAUUUCGAACGAAAUUUGAAACCUUCAAAAAUCGCUACGAAAAAUUUCAACAAAAAUUCAGGCGUGAAACGAACCAUGAACAUAUCAGAAAACGAAAGAUUCAAUCACUCAAAACAAUACCAUAAAUUAGUAAAUAAUUAAAUAAUUUUCAAUAAAGAGGUCAAUGAAAUUUGAUAAA